AUGCAUUCUGGUAUGAUGUUAACCAUAUAUGUCUUAGUUGUAAUCUACUUAAUCGUUCACCUUUUAUUAUUUGAUUGGCCACAUAUAUACUGCGUUCACGUUGUAGUUGGAACUAGGAAACUCGGAAAUGUCUGACUUGCUAGCUGGAUGAAACGCGGCACGUGUAUAACUACAACCAGUAGGCAAGUCUGACAUUUCCGAGUUUCUUAGAGUUCUGAGUAGCACGUGAACGCGGCAUUAAGUCAGUUGUUGUUGCGGCCUACACGGAAGGCAUUUAAAUAUUUUAUUCUGCACUUCCUGAUAAACCCAUACCACGUUUCAGACUACACGCUUAGAAAAAAGGGUUCCAAAAGGGUUCUUCAUCAGUUCUCAUGGUAGAACCCUUUUGGGUUCCAGGUAGAACCCUCGGUGGAAAGGGUUCUACAUAGAACCCAAAAGGGUUCUACCUGGAACCAAAAGGAUUAUCCUAUGGGGACAGCCGAAGAACCUGUUUAGGUUCUAGAUUACACAUUUCUUACUACGAGUGUAGUCACGUGUUGUAGAGCAGGGUUCAUGGACUAUUGACUAAAGCCAACGCCUAAUUCUCCAAAUCAAGAUUUGAAAAAGUUACUUCACCAUUAGUCCUGGUUUAUGGAAUCCUCAAUUCAGAUGAUUUGAUUUACACCUAAUGAUAAUGCUGGAGAAUAUCUAAUUAGCAAACAAGAAUAAAGUUACACUUCUGGUUCUUUCUUUCUCCCCCUGAAGCUCUGUCAUCUGCUCAAGAGGUCAACAAAAGAUCCAAACCUUCUGCAAGCAUCUUCCCCCCAUCUCAGUUUGGCAGCACCGCUAAACCGUCUACCACCCCCACUACCCCAGAACCCAAGACUAAUACCACCACAGCCGCUCCUACUACAACACUCACUACGACUGCAGACCCCACCACAACAGCCAAUGCCACCACACCUGCCCCCACACAGCCAAUGCCACCACACCUGCCCCCACCACAGCCAAUGCCACCACACCUGCCCCCACCACAGCCAAUGCCACCACACCUGCCCCCACCACAGCCAAUGCCACCACACCUGCCCCCACCACAGCCAAUGCCACCACACCUGCCCCCACAACAGCCAAUGCCACCACACCUGCCCCCACAACAGCCAAUGCCACCACAGCUGCUCCCACAACAGCCAAUGCCACCACAGCUGCCCCCACCACUACCCCCACUCCAAAACCGGAGCCCACCCCUCCUGCUAAACUGACCGCGGGAAACUACACCCUCAAGUCGGACAAGGGUCUGUGUCUGAUGGCUCAGGUGGCUCUGCAGAUCAGAGUGGAAGACACUGGAAAGGUAUAGCACAGUGUGCGCCUCAUGACAAAUACCAAGAACACCUUGGCUGAUUAUUUGACGGUGAAAUUGGGGCCAACUAAGGCUUACUUGAAAGUGCAUCAUACGAGUCUUAGAAAACAUUGAAAAAUUCCCUGUUUCACCAUAGUUAUUGCAUGUCUAUUACAUGUAUCGAGCCACUGAGAAACCUUUCAGUUGAUGGACUGUAGGUCCAGGAUAUUUUUACCAUCCUCCAUUUUAUUGACGUGUUAGGCCAUAAGCCACCUCCGUGUGUUAAUGUUCCGUUUCCGCGUCAUUGUGUGUGUACAACUAAUGUUAUCUGUUCAUUUUCCAGACGGGAGUAUUCAUCAUUCAGCCAGGGAUGACCAAGGUUGAAGGGGGUUGUGAGAAAUCCACGGCCAACUUAACCCUCACGUUCAAGGAGGGCUUCAUCACCUUCAUGUUUAAUAAGGUAAGAAAGGCUUCGAUUCUCCCAUCAUCACUAUUCACUGAGGAAAGGACCCAAACACCCCAGGGUAUUAUUCAUUAGGCACCAAACAGAAGAAGACAUACUGAAACAGGGAGAGACUACCUGAACUUGUCCAAUAAAGAAAUUGUUCAUUUUUGCUUUCCGUUGGAAAACGUUUUUACAACUGUGUGCCUUAAUGAAUACGAUCCAGGUUUACAACGUGUUUAGAGAUUAGCCUUCUGUUUGUCGGCCCUUUAUUACAUUUGUGGAGGUCUAUAAUGAUUAAUAGAACACUGUCUGUAAAAUGUUGAAUAAAGGUUAUUUGUGUAUGGGGAUGCAUGAAAAUGAGGAUAUUCUAUAUGUGCCAGUGUUUUUUAAGUAUUGGAUCAAAGGGCCAGGAGGGUUUCCUUGCAUUUGGACUGGACCUGGACAAACUCUGGGCCCUAUAUCUAUAUAUGCCACAUAUGAAACCCAAGUUUUUCCUAGUCGGGUCAAGUGGCCCUUACGUUAGAUAAAGCUCGCCUUUUCACAUCACUUUCACAUCCUGUGUAUCGAGCACCACAGUAAACUGCACCGCCAGAGUUAUGAUCAAUCGCCAAAUUGUUUGACUGUGUUCAAAAGGGAACAUUAGCUUGCAAAGGGGAACUAGUGUGACAAAAUACAUAUUUUUACGUCUCGUUACGGAAACUUUAGCAACCUUGUGUGGGAAAAAGUGAUGAAUUAGUGUACUGAGUUGAAUUGCAACAUUGUGACCUCAUUAGCUACUGUCUAGUGGAACUGUGAAAUCAUAUUGUUAUGUUGUUUUAGCAUUCUAUUGUUUGAUAUUACUAGGAGGGUCGUAAGGUACAUUAUGGGAGAGUAAACAUUGCUUUAAUGCCAUUGUGACACAAUGCAAACUUUUGAUUCGGGUGAUUCCUUGUGUGUGUGAAAAGUAAACCUUUGUCUUGUCUUUUUCAGAACACCACCCAAAACGCUGUCUAUGUCGACACUGUCUCUUUCAAUCUUUCCUACCCCUUAACACCUGGAGGUAAAUGUAUAUGUCAUCUGGUCACCAGGAUUCUUGUACCAACCUUUCUGUCAAUGCAGUGGACCACAUAUUAAAGGACCACAAACGUAUUAUCCCUAGCCAGUGUUAUUCACACAGUAAAUGUGUUUUCCUGUCAUGGUUGACACUUUGGACUUUUUCAUGGUCCCACAUCAGUUGCCUGUUUGUGUUGAUAUGUCAGUCUCUGGAAGGGAUUGUGUAAGAUAAAUGGUAAAUAUUAACACGGGUUUGCUUAACAACCAACACAUCUACGGAUCUUAAUUUGAUCACCAUUUUGUUGAUUAGAUUUUUCCUGCAAAGCAGGAAACACAAACUUGUAUUGGAUUUGAGUUUUUUAAAUGCUUCUAACGUUUGUAAUUUACACUUUGAAAUUUCAGACUUGAUUUGCCCUAAUGAAAAAUGUAUCAACCCCAACAAAAGUGUCCAUUAAUUAUAAUCCACAUAAUAAUUCACACUUAUAAUAAAACACACUUAUCUUUCAAUAGGGAAUUUACAGUAGUGCACCUGUUCCCAGAAUAAACAAACACCUUUUAAUGCUAUGUAGACUAACAAGUGUGACUGGUUUUUUCACCAACACUUCCUUGUGGUUGGAGACGAAAUGAUAAAUAUGUGGUGGUGAUGUUUGAUUGGUGUUUAUUUUUAUGCUGCAGGGAACGGAAAAAUGUCUCUACCUUACACCGCCAAAAAUGGGUCACUGGAUCUCUUCCUCGCUAAGGUUGGCCACUCCUACUCCUGCAAGAGCGAAUCCGUUUUCAUGGGAAAAGGGCUCUAUCUGGAUGUCACCCAGGACAGGAUGCAGGCCUUCAACAUCACCAAGGAAUGGGACUUCGGCACAUGUAUGUAUCCCAUUACAUAGCAAUGAUGUACUAACACGCAUUGCAAUGUUGAACAUACUAAACUCUAGGGCAAAACGGUUAAACGUGCUCUGAAGGCUUUUUUGACGUUUUGCAUUGACGGUAUGUGUUUAGAGAUUUUAGAUUACUACAAAAACAAAACAAAACAUGUUUCAUCUGUUCAUAUCAUUGUUCCUCCUUGGUCCUCAGUGGUUGAUUCACCCAAACCAAUCCAGACAAAUAAAACCAAUCCAGACAAAUAAAACCAAUCCAAAUACUCAAACAAUGAAUUAAUAGCUUCAGUUGCCUAGAUUAGAUAUGUAGACUGACACGCGUAUAGUUAGUGAUGCAGAAAACGUCGCCUGCAGAUUCCAUCCAGCCUUAGCUCUGACCCUAAACCCAGUUGUUCUGCAUUUCAGCUGACCCCUGCCCCGCCGACAGACCCGCUGACUACCGCGUGGCCAUUGCUGUCGGGAUAGUCCUCCUUAUCCUGAUCAUCAUUGUGGUGGUGGCCUAUCUCCUGAGCAGACGGAAAAGAGCAGAUGGCUACCAGUCCAUCUGAAGAGCCACUCAGGGGGUCAAAGGGCAUACUGUAUCAGCUCUCAGUCUAAAUCCACCCACCAUCUUUGUUUUUGUCACUUGCUGUUAACUGUUAACAACUGUAACCACAACUGCUCACAUCAACUAACUGUACCGCUCACACAAAAACUAACUAAAUGGAUGAGAUGAGGGAAUAUUUCAGCGUUGUAUACCGGUAGUUCCAUUUUGUUGAUUUGUACAUUAAUUAAUUGAGGUGGAUACAACUUAAUGGAUCAGAUACUAGGAUUAAAAUAUACUGACUUUGAAUAUACUCACUCUGAACUCUUGGGCUGCUGAGGAUUUUGUGUACUACUGCGACAUCCAGUGUUCGUCAAACCAUCAACCAUUGUGUCUAUAUUUGUGUUGCCUCUUAUUGCAGAACAUUCAGUGCAAUAUUUCACAGUGUGCCUUCUGCUAUAGCUGGAUUUUGAAGCUACGCCGUCUCGAUUCUUUCGUAUUAUUCAUUUCUUUGUGUUUCUACUGCCGCCCUCAACCUUUAGAACAGACUGUUAGGCUAAUUGAUUUCUGAAUCAUAAACUAGAUGGGGAUAUUAUGGGGCCUUUUUUUUUGGGUAUGCCACUCGGUUAGUCAAAGGGAAUGUUUCAGGUUUUAAAAGUAAAGUUUUGUAAAAGAGAGGCAUGCUUUUGAAUGUAAAUGUCAAUUUGUGUUUUAAAUUACUUGUCUAUUCUAUUUGUGUCAAGCCUUUUGUUAAUCAUUAUUUGUAGUUACUGUUUCCCCCAUGAAGUAGUAAUAAUUUGGUAUGUAAACAUAGUGAUAAUUUUUUAUUAUUUUUAUAACAUAUUAGUCGAAUGUGACAACCGUAUAAAAUUGCAGGACCACGGAUUGUUUAACUUCCCAACUUUGACAGUGGUCAGAUAGCUUGAGGUAAAAGUUGCCUUUAACCACGGAUAUAGAAUCAGAUGACCUAAACCUGCCAAUCAUGAGGAUGAAAAAAGGGAUAAAAUAUUUAAGACUCUGGGGCAAAUUGCACUAUAAGGAAUUACAUUUGGGACCAGAAAGCACAUUGAACAAGUUCUGUCUCAUCUAAAUUUGAAAACUUUUAUAACAUAUUAUUACUGUUCUAUGUUGCCACAGUUACAGGUUCCUAAUGUUGAUUAUGGCCUAGAUGACAAUUAUUUUAGUUUCAUUUAGGACAAAUGUAUUAUGCUAUGUUUACAUGUAAUUAUGUGCCAUGGUAUCAUCUUGAAAAAAUUGUGACAAAUGAAAUCAUCCCAAAUAAAGUUUUAAUAAUUUGUCAA